ACAGCCACACACGUUCCCCUGCGGUGAUUCCCCGGCUGCUGAAGCUUCAUUCCUUCCUGUCGCCACCGACCCGUGUGACCACCGGGCAGCCGGUGAGUUGAUCCCCGUGUGGAAGCGGUCAGACACGAUGGAGAGGGACAGGACCGGUGCGGAGGAGGAGAAGAAGAAGCCGGCUUCCCCCCGAAGGAUGGAGCUGAACGGGGACAGGUGCUCCGAGGACUCCUCCAGGACCGAGGGCUGCGGAGGGGAUGUGGCCAAAGCCCGGUGGACCCUGCUCAGACAGGUGCUGCGUCAGUCAGGGGCCGACAGUCCAGAGGUCAAACAGGCGUCUGUUCGCAGGUUCGCCACGUUUGACCUCUUCAGCAGGAAAAGGCUUGUGACACAAGACCCCAGUGAUACCUCAGAUGACCAGUGGGUGGAGUACAGAAGUGUGUGCUUUCCAGAGUACAGUGCCUUACUCAGGGAUAACCUGGGUCCUCUCAGGGUGAAUGAAGUGCUCAACAGUUUCGACAACACUGGUAACGUCUGUGUGUGGCCUUCUGAGGAGGUGAUGGCUCAUUACUGUCUGCAGAACCGUCACACGUUCAGGGGCGCAGUGUGUGAGUUAGGAGGAGGUAUGACUUGUCUUGCAGGGCUAAUGGUUGCCAUUUGUGCUGACGCGGAGGAAGUUCUGCUAUCAGAUGGGAAUGAGAAGUCCAUUCAGAAUGUGCGACAGUUGGUGGAGAAAAACCGACAAGCUGGAAAGUUUGGGUCGACUCGUGUAUCUGCUAGGGUUGUGAGGUGGGACUGUGAGUCGGACAUUUCAGCACUAGAGGGUCACUUUGACAUCAUCAUGUGUGCAGACUGUUUGUUCCUGGACCAGUACAGAGCCAGCCUGGUUGAUGCUAUAAGGAGAUUACUGCAGCCCAACGGCACGGCGUUGGUCCUGGCUCCACUGAGAGGUGAAACCCUGAGGCUGUUCUGUCAGCUGGCCAAACAGGCCGGACUCGGCGUCUCUCAGCACCAGCAGUACGACCCUCAGGUCUGGGAAGUUCACCUGAAGAUGCAGAGAGAAGGGAAAGAAGCCUACGACGAGAACAUCCACUAUCCUCUCCUCCUCACGCUGACCAAAGGACCAGUCAGCCUCUGUGUGUGAAACCAGUGAGCCCUCGUGUCCUCCCAGUCCCACACUGACGCCACAGAGGACACAAGGAGGUCUGAGUGAAAGGAACAGUAUUAGAAAAACACUGGGGCUGCGUUUGUCUCGGUGUCGAGUCAAACUAAUCAAGCCGUGGUUGUAUUUGAGACAAUUUUAUAUUCACGUCGGCCACUGAGAGAAUUUAUAUUAAUAUUUGAGUGUGUUUGUUUUGUAGUGUGAAGUGUUGGUGAGGAACAUUUACUGUAAGUGAGGAGGAAGAGGAAGAGUUGGGCACAUUCUAUCUGUUCAUAACAGUUCUAACCAGCUGCCAUGUGUCACUCAAGGCUUUGGUUAAUCAGCCGUCCAGGAAGGUGAAGCAGUCGGUCACCAUCACAACCAACAAGCCAAUCAGCUUGUUUGGUUAUUAUAAAUAGUCGUUCAAUCAGUGAUACAGACUUUUCCUCAGGCUACAUUCAUACUACUAUGUUUUCUCUGUAGUUUGUUGGUUAUUUACAGAAAAUAAUACGGACAAGAAACAACAAGGGUGAAACGCAAGACUACAACACAGUCUCAUUCUUCUUCUCACCAAGGCCAGCAGAGUAUACUGUGGACGACAGAACGUAGUAGUGUUGAUGUAGCCUCAGUCAUUCCUACUGAAGAGUGGUCAGUCAGUCAGUCAGUUGACCAGGUGGGAUCAACCCUGUCACUGUGUUUGUGGCCCCAGCUCCAAUACAUUCACCAUCACAGACUGUGGAGCCGUUCACAGUUUCCUUUAUUUCUCCCAGUUCCCUUCUUCACUUUUAUUUCUCCUAACACAACUCAAUCACUCAGUCACAGGUCAGUGUUUAGAUCAACACAGUUUAUUAACAGGGUUUGUGACGCGCUGGUGGAAGCUCAGAGUCCGAACCACCUUCAGGUAGCGUGUGUGUUUUUAAAGAGAGACAGAAUACGUGCACAUGUGACUCCUUACUCCUCGCAAUUAUUCAAAAGUGACCCCAAUACUGUGGAAUUGAUUAAAAAGGUCUAAGAUGUGAUGCACAGAAAUCUUUCUCUGUGCAUCAGGUCUGUUUCUGUUUCUGAUAUUUCUCAUGCAGACCUCUCCGAUGGUCUGUUACCUCUUUUCUGCUGUGACUGAAGCAUCGUGCUCCAUGUCCACGCCUAUUUAAGAUGACUACAUAUGGUAUACUGACAAUUUAUAUGAUGACAUAUUGAUACAUGAUUUUUUAAUGGUUUCAUUUGUUAUUGAUUAAGCCUUUACAUUCUAUAUAUGACUGUUUCUUUCUGUUUCUCAUGUUAUCUCUCCAGAAGGAGGGAAAAGGAAUACUACAGUAUUCUUUCUGCUACUACACAGAUAAAAGACGUCAUACAUUCACUAAAGUGCAAUCACACAGUAUCUGUUACCACAAGGAUAUUAAAAAAGGUUGCAAAAACAUUUUCAGUAUGAAUGUAAAACCAACAAUAUUAAAGAGAACAAGCAGCCACAACCAGUGGACAUGCAGGACGAAUAUAUGAUUUCAAAUUUAUAAAAUACCUUCGUUUUAAAAGUCCCACAAUCUCGAGAUUAGAAACGUUUACACAUCAGAGGCCAACACUCGAUGUUGGCCAUUUUUUUCAAUCAACACAGUUUAACUCAGGUCCCUUGCAUUCAGCGCUCUCUUCUCUGAAGUGUUAUUGAGAAACAUGCCGAGCGUUAGCCGGUCACUCAAGCCUGAAGUUGUACCUAUCACUGCUAAGGUGUUUCCACAUUUCACUGUGAUCCACGCUGAACACAGCAGCCAAGAAGCUAUGCAGUAUCUCCCAGCGGCUGGUGUUUAUGUGUCUCAUGUAAAAGAAAAAGACUAAUCCACCUCCAGAAAAGAACAGUAUUCCCUCCGUGUACCAGCUCUGAAAGGUAAAUUAAUCCAGUUUUAUCAGCGCUCUCGAAGCUUUGACGACUUAAAUUGCUUUGCAAAGGUUCAGAAGAGUAUUUAACUACAUUUUUUUUGUUAUCUGUAAUGCAGUUAGCUGGAUACCUUUGAUACCUGUGGGCUAACAUGCUGUAUGAAUACCAUCCCAACUGUUACUGUGAGACUCCAUCACUGUUUGGUGUGACAAUCACCACAGCUAACAGCGAGGCCACGCUUCAGCACCGGUCUUUCGCCGUUUACUGUGACGUCUGCAUCGCUGCUUCUUGAGACAUCACCAAAAAUGUGCCCCCUGUUUAACCCAUAAGCUGUUGUCAUGUCCCGUUUACAUAUGGACCUCGUUCAGACCUGCUAUCAACACCCGUCCUGAGUGGUCAGCUCUAGAAACAAGUCUGAUCAGUCGAACCACAUUCUUCACAUCCUGGGCCACGAGUGUCUACUCCGCUGACGUCCUCUGACCCGCGACAGUUAAAUUGAUUUCAAUCUCAAUCCGAGUAAGAACAGCUACAUGUGGUCUCCGCAUACAGAAACGAUGGAUGUGAUUAUUUGCAUAUAGAGCGGAGAACUGGGAUCCAAUCACAUGUGGUCACAGGAGACACAUUCAGGACAGAUUUUAAUGCCAGGCGAACGUGGGGCUGUCCACUGGUGAUGGGAUCUGUCAGCACGGGUGUUUGUUCCGGGUCUGAACGGGACCACGAGGAUGCUGUUACCUCUUGUUGUGAUAUUAGUGCCGUGUGUGAGGAGACUAAGCACUUCUCACUGUGACGUCAGCAGAGAGACAAAGAGCUGCUGAUCGUCGGUGUUACUCAGAGACCUCUUUACAAGGAUUUGAUAACGUUAAUAUGAGGGUAAGAGAGAGAUCCUGUGUUGCAGGAAUCUUCUGUUCCUACACAUUUAUGACAUUGUACUGUGAGAUGUUGUGAAACAGAGCUCGUUGAUUUGUUGGUCAUUUUCUGGCGAUGUCCACACGGAUCCUGAUAGAUUUCCAUUAGGAUCUGGUUUUGGGCUUUUCUUUCCACAGCUAACCACAAAUAACCAAACACGUUAAAGUGGCUUUGUGGCAUUUUGCUGCAAGUAGAGACAAUUUGAUACAAAUAGCACAUGAUAUGCUUUAAAGCUGCUGGCCUUAAUGUUCUGUGCAUUGUCCAAUGCAUUAGCUUUUUGCAUUUUUAUAUAUAUAUAUAUGUUUACUGAACUGAAAAAUGCAAUUGAAAUAUUUCCAUUUAUCUAUAGUGUGGACAUGGCCUCAUAUCGUGAGUCUCUGGUCAGUAAAUCAGAUUCCCUCUGCUUCAGUGCCACAUGUGGGUUGAACGCAGUUGGCAGUCUUAGAGUGAGUGAUGUUUUUUGUGAAUGAAUAAA